AACAGCUGAUUUCUUUUUGGUCAUUGAGAAUGUCGAGUUUGGUGAUUUUACGUGCUCUAAAAAGGAUUAGGAUAACACAAGUUCCCAGAACUUUUGUAAAAUCACAGCCUGAUGGGCUUAUGUAUGUAAGAAGAUUGUCAUCAAAGUAUUUUCUGUCAAUUUGUCACGGAAGAGCCACCUUCAGAACUUAUGCAAGUACAAAUGAAAAUAAGGAGGGCACGAAUGAAUCCACCUUGGAUAGCAUUAAAUAUGAACGCGUUUGCUCCGAGACCCUAGAUGCGCUAUGUGACUACUUUGAAGAACUUAUCGAAAACGCGAAAACUUUAUCCUCCAGUGAUGUCGCUUACGGGGACGGAGUUCUCACUGUGAAGCUGGGACCAGAGUAUGGUACAUACGUGAUAAAUCGACAAACGCCCAAUAAACAGAUUUGGUUGAGUUCACCUACCAGCGGUCCAAAGCGGUAUGAUUUUGUGGCAACUAGUUCGCAGUCGGGGCGAUGGAUAUAUAAACACAAUGGGGAAUCUAUGCAUGAACUUUUGCAAAGGGAAUUGCAAGAAAUACUUAGAGGACAGCAUAUAGACUUUUCGAAGCUCCCUUAUGGAAGAUAAAAGCAGAAAACAAUGACUACUUUUAAGACUUUUAUUGUGAAAAACAUUAUUUAAUAAUUACACAGAAUGCUGAUGAAUAUCAAUGAUGACUAAACCCGUUUUAUCAUCUGCUCUAAAA